AUCGGUGCAUCACACUGGAAAAGUUUGAAGACACAAGUGGAUGGCUCAUGCGGUACGUAGCUACAACCCCUGAUUCCUGGCACAUUCCUUGGAUGACCACAACAAAGAGCUCCACCGAUACGCAGUGCACAUUGAAAAUACGGUCUGAUGAGAAACUCUUAGAAGCAGUAACUAAAAUGGAACCUUUUGGGGCUGCCACAACUUGAUGUCAAGGCCCCUCACCCUGAGACAGCCCAGGCAGAUGUAGGUGGAGCCGGCGUCAGCAUGGCGUCUCUGUGGAGCCGCGGGAGCAGCGCAGAGAGGAAGGUGCCCCACACCCGCCUGGAGGAGGAGGCUGAGAUCCAGAGAAUAUUCUCAUUUGGGAGGAAAUUGGGUAAAGGGAGCUUCGGGGUCGUCUGUGAAGCCACCCAUAUUGAUACGAGGAAGAAAUGGGCUAUUAAGAAGGUGAACAAAGAGAAGGCUGGGAGUUCGGGUGUCAAGCUGCUGGAAAGAGAGGUCAGCAUACUCAAACGUGUUAACCAUGCUCAUAUCAUCCAUCUCGAGGAAGUCUUUGAAACACCCAAGAGGAUGUACCUGGUGAUGGAGCUGUGCGAGGGCGGCGAGCUGAAGGAGCUCCUGCAGAAGAACAGGCGCUUCAGCGAGGAGGAGAGCAGGCAUAUCAUCAGGAGCCUGGCGGAGGCCAUCGUCUACCUGCACAAGAAGGACAUCGUGCACCGAGACCUGAAACUGGAGAACAUUUUAGUGAAGACUUAUCACCAUGGUAGCGAUAAUGACAUGAUCAGAAUCAAGGUGACAGACUUUGGGUUGUCAGUGAAGAAAGGUGGCGUUGGCAGUGAGAACAUGCUGAAAGCCACCUGUGGGACACCUAUUUACAUGGCUCCGGAGGUGAUCAACGCUCAUGAGUACAGCCAGCAGUGUGACAUGUGGAGCAUCGGAGUCAUCAUGUUCAUGCUGCUGUGUGGAGAGCCCCCGUUCGUGUCCAGCAGUGAGGACAGCCUGUUUGAGAUGAUCAAGAAGGGAGAGCUCACCUUCGCCGGGCCCGUCUGGGACACCGUCAGCGACGCAGCAAAGAAGGUGUUGCGUUGCUUACUGAAGGUCGACCCCGCCCACCGCAUUACAGCCAAUGAGCUGUUGGAUAACCCCUGGAUCACGGGUGACACCAGCACGCCGACCACGCCCACCAACGUGCUGGAGAUGAUGCGUCUGUUCCGGGAGGACCCCGAGGGGGCGGAGGAGGCCGAGGGGGCCGUGGAGGGGGCGGAGGAGGCGACGGAGGUGCUGAGCCAACUCUCCCUGAGCCUCAGCAGGGACAGCCAGACCCUGGAGCCCCGGGACCGGCCGGAGAGCCUGGAGCCCCGGGCCCAGCCGGAGAGCCUGGCCAGGGUGUCGUCGGCGAGCAGCGACGGCAAGAGCGUCGCCGAGCACAGCCUGGAGGGAGACACCGACAGCAGCAGCAGCAAGCCCCCCACCCCCACCAAACAGAGACAAAAGAAGAAGGCUGCCUCUUCCUCCUCCAGCGGAACGCGGGUGAAUGGGUCUGCAGGGAAGAUCUGUCACCUGCUCUGCCCCUCUACCUCACAGUCCCAUUCAGGUGGCGUCCAGCGCUCCAGGCAGUCGAGUGCAACUCACCUCAGCCUCCAGGAGCAGAGGGACACCUGCGCCUCCCCGGCGGGGCCCUCUCCCAAACCAGCGCCCGGCCCGGGGAAGGCCCGCAAGCCCAAAUCGCCCGCCCCACACGGCCCUCGCCCCGGGAACUGCUCCCCCCGGCCGCCCGGCAAACCCAGGCCCAAGAAGAGCUCCCAGGCCCCAGCAGCCCAGUGUUCAGCCCAAGGCCCAGAGACGCCACGUGCCAAAGAAGACCCCUGUACGUAGUGUUCCCCGGGGGGGUGGCAGGACUGCUGGACGCAUGACUGCCUGGCAGUUAGGCAUUAGCCCUCCCUCCCCCCUCCCCCCCCACAUGCACACACCCUCCCCCACCCUUAACAUACCUCUAGCCAUGGACUGACUUGGUCUCACUCUCACAUAAACACAGAUGCAGUUUUACAAAACAUCCAGCAGGUAGAUGAGGGAGAUAUGAGAUGAGGUUGUCAGUCAACAUUGUCAGUGGCAUCCACUCUAAUGUAUUGAAGGGGGUUCCAGUGUUUCAGGGGGAUCAGUAGAGCCAAGGUCAUAUUUGACCCUUGCAAUAUUCAACAGUGUAGCGUCUGAUAUGCUACGACUCAAAACAGUCUACUAUGUGGCGUGACUGACUUCUACCUUCCAGGAUGCAUUGUCAUGCUAAUUAGCCUCGCCGAAUGUACUGUGUUGCUGUGUCCUAUCACACACACACUGAAAGUCUUGUGGAGUUAUUUGAAAGUACGCUUAUUAAAAGUAUAUGAGAAACUAGAAGGGUGUGAUGAUAUCUCGUAUUUAUUCCAUUGGGCAUAAAAAAGUAUUUAUUAGUGGUAUACAGGGUUCUGUAGUUAUCUGGUUCUUCUAUGUAUUGCAAAAAUAUACUUCUGUAGUACCUUAAGUAUCCUUCUGGACUCAUUUGUUAAGUCAUAUUUCCAGAUUGAUUUCACAAAGGAAUGAUUCAAAAACAUGGCACCUUGCAACUGGUUAGAUGUCCAAAGUUCUUCAGUGUGGAAAGGUCCUCAGUAGAUCUGUAUUGCUAGUAUGUCUGCUGUCCUCUGUGCUGUUCUGAAGAUGAUUGCCAAACAUCAUGAAAGGAAACACUGCUGUGCAGAAAUGUCAUUGUUUUGUGUUCAAUAAACA